AUGAACGAGAAACAAGUCGAUGAGAAGCAGGUGAUCGUCAACAGCGAGAGCCACGCAGAUAUCUCAAUCGGUGUCAUCGAGCCUCUCUCAGAAGCAGCCGAUGCCGACUUUGAAGAAGGACAAGUUUUCAAGCAGGUCAAGGAUGGAGUGAACUUUCGUACUGUGGGCUGGAAAAAAGCUUCAGUCAUUUUUCUGAAAGUCAUCUUUGCUACUGGAAUCCUGAAUAUCCCUACUGCGAUGUACUCCCUUGGCGCUGUCGGUGGCACACUUUCUGUCAUUGGCUGGACACUUUUGAAUACGUAUUGCGGCGUCAUUCUUGGAGAUUUCAGAAACAAUCAUAAGAACUGCCACAGCAUUGCUGAUAUGAGUGGUGUUCUGGGUGGCAAGAUAUUUCAAGAGAUUGUCGGGGCUAUUUUUAUAAUCGCAUAUGUUCUUGCCUCUGGUUCUGGGAUCUUAGGUGUCGCCGUGGCUUUGAAUGCUCUUUCGGAUCAUGCUACCUGCACUGUGUGGUUCGCUUUUGUAGGGAUGAUUUUGGUUGCUGCUGCUGCCAGUGUUCGAAAGCUGGAGAAGAUUGGCUGGCUUACCUGGGCUGGUUUCGUCUCCAUUUUUGUUGCAGUAUUUGUCGUUGUGAUCGGUGUCGCAGUGCGCAAGCGUCCAGCAUAUGCUCCUCAAACCGGUCCAUAUGAGCUUGGCUAUUAUGUCAUUGCACAACCUUCGUUCUCUGCUGGUGUCACGGCUUCUGCAACUAUCUUUGGAUCCUCUGCUGGCACUUCCGCUUUCCUACCCGUCAUUGCUGAGAUGAGAAAUCCCAAGGAGUAUCGCAAAGCUCUUUAUGCUUGUAUGAGCUUCGUGACUGUCACGUACACCGUCUUCUCACUUGUGGUAUACCGAUAUUGUGGCCAGUGGGUCACAUCACCAUCUCUUGGAAGCGCAGGUGGUAUCAUCAAAAAAGUCGCAUAUGGCAUUGCGCUGUUCGGUCUUGUCAUCUCUGGAUGCCUCUAUCUUCACAUCUGUGCAAAAUAUCUGUUUGUCCGAAUCUUGCGAAAUUCGAAGCACUUGCAACUCAAUACUACCAUUCACUGGGUUACUUGGCUCAGCUGCGUCUGGGGCUUGGCAGGACUCGGAUUUGUUCUCGAAGAAGCAGUCACUGUUUACAAUUGGCUCGCUGCAUUGUCUGGUAGUUUGUGCUUUGCGCCUUUAGCUUUGACACUUCCGGGACUUAUGUGGAUUUAUGAUCAUAAGUCUUGGGUAAAGGGAAAGCUAUUGCAACAAGUCAUGUACUGGCUCCACUGGGGACUUGCUGCUUUGGGUGUCUUCCUUAUGGUUGGUGGCACAUACGCUACAGCAGAGGAGAUCAAAGCCGCUUAUGCUACUGGGUCCCUGGGAUACUUGGUAGUAUUCUACAUCAUUCAUGUCGUCAUUUCAACAGGGUCAUCUAACGCAAUAUCCACAGGUGCCACUUUCAACUGCGCUGAUAAUUCUGCCACAACUUUAUGA